CGGGCUUUGGGGGUCUCGGGUUCGGCCGUUUUCCCUUCCACCGUCUCUAUGAUCCCGGUGUGCGGCCCCGGUCCCCUCCCUCCCGUGCCCCCGAGCUGUGCAGCCCCCGUUGGGCUGUCCCAGCUCAUACAGACACCCAUUGCCAGUACAGCACCCCGUCACCAUGUUCGGCUCAUCCCGAGGAGGGGUCCGGGGGGGCCAGGACCAGUUCAGCUGGGAAGACGUCAAGACAGACAAACAGCGCGAGAACUACCUGGGAAACUCUUUGAUGGCACCGGUGGGACGCUGGCAGAAGGGCAAGGACCUGACGUGGUACGCCAAGGGCAAGCAGGAGCCCACCCCGCUGUCCCGUGAGGAGGAGCUGGCGGCCGUGCGCCUGGCUGAGCAGGAGGCCAUGAUGGCAGCACUGGGCUACAAGAACGUGAAGAGGCAGCCCACAGGCCUCAGCAAGGAGGACCUGGCUGAGGUUUGCAAACGGGACAGCACAGAGCGAGCCGAGGACAUGGACCGGGUGGUGGGCUUGGGCAGCUCCAGCGGCAGCGCCGGGCGGGUGAUGCUCUCCAAGGAGGACAAGGAAGCGGCCAAGAUGGGGCUCUCUGUCUUCACGCACCAGAAGGUUUGCAGCAGUCCCGAGGCAUCUGGAUCCAAGAGGAAGCAGGACAAGGAGGAGAAGGAGGAGGAGAAGCGGACGGAGAGCAGCAAGAAAUCCAAAAAGGAGAAGAAGAAAAAGAAAAAGAAGAAGCACAAGAAGGAGAAGAAAAAAGACAAACACCACAAACGAGACAACACCCCUUCAUCCUCCUCCUCCUCCUCUCCAGACCAGGACGACAGACGCCACCGGAGGAAAGGCCAGGACGAAGCAUCGCGGCACCGGCACCGCAGACACUCGGGCUCCUCUCACAGCAGCGGAGCCUCGGGCAGGAGCCCGUCCUCUCACCGCCACCGACAUCCAUCACCGCGGCACAAGGGCAGCAGGAGGAGCAGGAGCCGAUCUCCUCGAUCCCACAGGGCCAGGCAGCGGCACGAUAUAGAUUCGGAUGACUGAGGGGGUUUUGCUGGAAGAGGUUCCAUAGGUUCUAUAUAUUUUUUAAGGUUGUUAUCUAAAUUAAAGUCACAGCUUUACAAUUGCCGGGGCUGGAUGUUGGGCACCAGCUGGUUGUUGGCUGUGUGUUACGAUUUGGA